UCAAGCUCACGAGCUACUGCAUGAGGUAUGUUAAUGUAAUCGUGACUUAAAGACUGAAAGUAGUCUUGUCUGUUAACAGUUUGUCUGGAUUAACUUAAUGGAUAACAGAGUAAAUGUAACAUAUAUAACUCUUGAUGGGUACGUGGAUUUGUACAAAUACAGAUAUCUUUAUUUUGUCAUCAUGUUCACAGCUUAUAUUCUAAUAAUCUGCAGUAAUUCUACUGUUGUGUAUCUCAUCUGGAUUCAUCAAAACCUCCAUGAGCCCAUGUACAUUUUCAUUGCAGCUCUGUUAAUCAACUCUCUUGUUUUCAGCACUGUGAUCUACCCAAAGCUGUUGAUUGACUUUUUAUCUGAGAAACAGAUCAUAUCUUAUUCAGCCUGCCUCUUUCAGUGGUUUAUAUUUUACUCUUUAGCUGGUUCAGAGUUCUUACUGUUGGCAGCCAUGUCUUAUGACAGAUAUGUGUCCAUAUGUAAACCUCUGCAGUAUCCAGCUAUCAUGAGGAAAACAACUGUCAGCAUCUUUCUGGCUUUAGCUUGGCUUGUGCCUGUUUGUCAGACGGCAGUACCACCUGUAAUGAAUGCUAAUAAGAAACUCUGUAACUUUACUUUCAAAGGAAUCAUUUGUAACAGCACAGUUUACAAACUUCACUGUGAGAGUUCAAGACUGUUAAAUAUAUAUGGUUUGGUUGUUUUGGUAAAUCUUGUACUUCUACCUGUGCUCUUUAUCCUUUUUACAUACACCAGAAUAUUUAUAAUAUCCUAUCAAAGUUGUAGAGAAGUCAGAAGAAAAGCUGCACAGACUUGUUUACCACACUUGAUGGUAUUAAUCAACUUUUCCUGUUUGAUUACAUUUGAUGUCUUUUUACUGCGACUGGAAACUGAUUUUCCUAAAACUGCCCGCUUCAUAAUAACAUUACAAAUCAUCCUGUAUCAUCCUCUCUUUAAUCCAAUCAUAUAUGGACUGAAAAUGAAAGAAAUCUAUAAACACCUCAAGAAGCUGUUGUGUAAGUAACAAGAUCUAAUGAACAAACAAACGAUAACUGCACAGUCACUGUCCUCCUGUCAUAAUCUUUUAGAGAUGUGAUUUCUGUGAUCCUUGAAAAAGACCUUAAUGUGAGGAUUUGUUUUUGUAGCACUCGUGUACAGUAAGGAGUAUCAUCAGUUU